CGCGAUAGCAUGCCGACGCCAGUGCCAACGUCCAAGGAGCUACAAGCCCUCAAGCGGGAGGAGCUCCAGCGCACAAGCAUUGUUGUCGGCUACGACCGGCUCGACUACGCGACCGCAGGCAAGGAAAUGACGGCGCUCGCAACAACAUACCAGCGCUUGACGCCCGAAGAGAUCGCCCACCGCCAGCACAUCAAGACCGACAACCGCGCGCGGCACUUUGAUGUCGGCGACAUGAACGAGCCGGGCUUGAGCUACGAGACGUCCAACGCACAGGAAGACCCGACGGGCCAGCUGCACAAGUACACGGCCAAGCUCAACGUCGAGGCCAAGGGCAUGCUCAUGCGCACGUCCGCAACCUUUGGGUACGCCAAGCCCGUGCUUUCGACCUCGACCAAGGACGCGACGCAGUGGAGCCGGCCAGCGAUGGACCGCGCGAUCGCGAUGCGCCAAGAGACGCGCAAGCUCACGGGUCCCAAAAAGUGCCCGUUUGAGUUUGGCGACGACGCAAUUGAGUACGUCUCGACCGCCAAGGGAACCAUGAACUUUGAUCCGAAGGACGCCAAGUGCGCGGUCAUGGCGGCCGAGGUCAAAGACGAAUUGCGCAAGUGCCAUUUUGAGUUUGGGUGCGAUGCGCGGUCGUACUCGACGUCGUCGAACGUGCCCGAGAUCGACCCGGAGCUGUACCGGCAAAUGGCGAAGAAGCAAGUGCCGCUCCAUGACCCGCGCAAGAACAGCGUCUUCUUUUCCUAA